UUUAGUGAAGGUCAUUAUACGCACGAGCAAUCCAGCACACAGAGUUAGUCGUUCAACAGAGUGAUUGUAAUCGUAAACAAAUCCAGGUCAUUGUAUUCUCUUGGUGCUUUAUGACAGCAUAACAGCUGAACACAUCCAACAUGACAUCAGCAGAGUAUGUUUAUGAGAAUGGGAAGUUCAAAGUUACAGAUAAAAUGAAGAAAGAUUUUGAAAACUAUGGAUACAUAAUGAUCAGAAAGCUGUUGGAUGAAUCGGAAUUAAAGAAAGUGAAAGAAGUACUUGAGGAAAACAAAGAAAUCACUAAACACUCAUAUGGAAUUUCUGAUGGAACAGGAAGGGAAUGCAGGAUGGCAUUAUGGAGUCAUCCAGGAAGUGAUGUCACUGGCAUGGUGGCAAGGUGUGAGAAAGUAUCUGAGACCAGUGAAAAGUUACUUGGAGGGGAAGUGUACCACUAUCAUACAAAACUAAUGAUGAAGGAGGCCAAAACAGGAGGAAGUCACCUAUGGCAUCAAGAUUACGGAUACUGGUACAAGAAUGGUUGUUUGUUCCCAGAUAUGUUAACUGUUUUUAUCUCCAUAGACAAGUGCAACAAGGCCAAUGGCUGUCUACAGAUUCUGCGAGGUUCCCAUAAAUGUGGCAGGAUCGACCACUUGAUGGUAGCUGGACAGACUGGAGCAGAUGUAGAGAGAGUGAAAGAGAUCGAGAAAGUGUGUCCAAUGGAGUUUGUGGAAAUGGAACCAGGUGAUGCACUGUUCUUCCAUAGCAAUUUGUUACAUACCAGCGGACCUAACAACAGUGAUUUAAGAAGGUGGGCCUUUCUGGUAGCAUACAAUACCAAGGCCAAUAACCCUGUCAUACCCCAUCAUCAUCCACAGUACACUCCCCUCGAAAAGGUAUCAAACUCAGCAAUCAAAGACUGCACCAAUGUGACGGACAUGUCUGGGAAAGAAUUUCUGAACCCUACCGUGGAUAAAACUGUGACACUGGACGAGAAGGCUAGGUAGAUUGGACAGUAAACGCUUGAUCGUCAGUUAUGUUUACUUCUACCAUUUAAGACUUUUAUUUUACGUGCCAUGUUCACAAUAUAUUUUUAUAUUGGAUUAUGAUCAUCAAUUGGUAUCAAUAGAUUGUGUAUAUUAAUUUUAGAGGGAAAUCACAAAUAUACAACUUAACAGAUUUAACUUCAUUUAAGCAAUUAUGUAUGUGACAUAUUCUGUACACAAAUAUAAUAACAGAUGUAUACUAGCUGGUUGCCAGAUGAUAAAUAAAUAUAACAAUUUUGUAAUGAUA